CGGAAAGCGGAGCGUCCAAGCUGCGAAGGUCAGCUCUGGCAACCACGAACCUUGCAGCAGGAACAAUCACAACCCGGCGCGUGAGUGGCUUGGCCUUGACGACAGCGCGAGUAUAGGUAACAUGUCACCUUACGGUCAUGUCACGACCACGCAUCGGCGGCGACGUCGCUCGUAACGUAGAGUCCAUCAUCGCUCCUCAAGAAGUUAAAACACGGCGCUGCUGAACUCUUUGCACAUUGCUCCCUGCGUGCGGUCCGCCCCAUCUGCGCACUCGCGACUCGCAAGCAGGGCCAUGAGCUCCCGUCUUGCUCACCACUCCGGUAUCGCAACGACUUUCAGAGCGCAUCUCGCAUCAGCUCUCCUUUCGAAUCAGCGCAUCAUCACAAUGACAGCUCGAUCCACUAGCACCAAGGCGAGCGGAGUGGUGUCCACCUCUCUACCCAUCUCCGCCCCUCCCUUUUACGCUUCCAAGCCUCACCAUGUGCAGCCCUCUUCAUCAGGCUUGCCCAAAUCCUUCGUCUCGCCUUGGAAAUCUGCUGCGAAUCACCAGAUGAUGGACUUUCUCAAAGCUAGAUUCUUGGACUGGGACGAAGAACCUGCGUUGCCUGCCAAUCUGGACAUUGUCAAGGAGGUGGAUUGGAAAGCGACGCUUGCCAUCGCUAGUGAUCAGACUGCAGUCAUAUGGCUCGGCCACGCUUGCGGUCUCUACCUUCUGCCCGUCCCUUCAGCAGACGCGCCCACCAAACACAUUCGCGUGCUGACAGAUCCCGUCUUCAGUCUGAGAUGUUCACCUUCUCAAUGGCUGGGACCCAAGCGAUUCACUCCUCCUCCAACCUCGGUUCAAGCGAUCAAAGACAAUGGGGCAUGGCCACACGUCGUGGCCCUGAGCCACAAUCACUACGACCAUCUGGACGACGCUACGCUUCGAAGCAUCGUGAGGCUGUCGGAUGAACGGCACCCAUUGCCUCAUUUCAUAGCCCCGCUAGGACUCAUUCCGUUGCUAGAGUCUCUCGGCAUUCCGCGAGCACAUCACACCAGCCUGGACUGGUGGCAAGCCGUCUCCCUCUCCUUGCCCCUGAGCCCAGACUCGCCCGAAAUCAAAGGCGAGCUCAAAGCGACUUGUACACCAGCACAGCAUCAAUCAGGCAGGUCCACUUUUGACCAGAAAAAGACCCUCUGGGCUGGCUGGGCCUUGGACAGCAGAAAUGAACAGGCAGGCUCUGGUGGUGCGAAUGUGUGGUUCGCAGGUGAUACGGGCCUCCGCGCAGUUCCUAGACGCAACAUGUCCAGGGAGGAGGAGGAUGCGCUUCCAGUCUGCCCUGCCUUUGAGGAGAUCGGAGAGCUGUUGGGACCAUUCGAUCUAUCCAUGAUUCCCAUCGGUGCUUAUUUGCCGCGCAUCUUUAUGAGCAGCAUUCACAUGGCUCCUCACGAUGCCGUGUUCGUGCACCAAAAAGUCAAGAGCCGUAAAUCAGUCGGCAUACAUUGGGGAGCUUGGAGAUUGACGCCUGAAGACGUGCUGCAGCCGCCGCGGUUGCUUGUAGAAGAGACCGAUAGGGUCGGCUUGCCCAGGGACAGCUUCUUCACCACAAAGAUCGGGGAGACAACCGCAGCUCAGGUCCAUGCAAGAGCAACGUAGCCAGACCGCAAUCCCUCAAGAGCGUCUCUGAUGCACGAUCGGUCCCAAUUAUGUUUCGCCUGCGCAAAUUUUUCUGCAUCGCGUUUUGCCCCGUCAUGUCAUCACUCGUUGUACCGCCGAGAGCAUAGGUCAUUCCAUAGAUACGAGUACUGCGAUCCAGA